AUGACUUCUUCUGUUCAUUUCAAGUUCAAAUCUCAGAAGGAACCCUCGAGGGUAACGUUUGAUGGCACGGGUAUAUCAGUUUUUGAGCUGAAAAGAGAAAUCAUCAAUCAAAAUCGACUAGGCGAUGGAAGUGAUUUCGAACUCGCAAUUUAUAAUGAAGAUACCAACGAAGAAUACGACGACGAUACAACCAUUGUCCCACGAUCCACGUCUGUAAUCGCCCGCAGGCUUCCUGCUGCAAGACCCGGGAAGGGUGGGGCUGCACGCUAUGUCUCUGGUAAAAUGCCAGUGAACGCUCGUAGUUCCGCCAGGAUUGACGCCCCUUUAUCCAACCGACCUAACGGUGGAGGCACAACUAUAAACAAUAUUACCGACUUGAAUACUGCGCAAUCUGAAGAUGAAAAGAUCAAAGCAUUAUUUAGCUUGCAAGAAACGCAAUGGAAGGAACAACAAAACGAAAUGGCCAAUGCUACUCCAGUUCUAUUUAACCGAAACAGAGCAAAACCUGUCAAUAUUCCUGAUCACCCUCCGCCACCAGGUUAUUUGUGUUACCGUUGUCGAGAGAAAGGACAUUGGAUACAAGCGUGUCCCACCAAUAAUGAUCCUAAAUUCGAUGGUCGUUAUCGAGUCAAACGAUCAACGGGAAUACCCCGAUCCCUCCAGAAACAGGUUGAAAAACCUGAUUCCUUGGCAUUGGAUGGAGCAAAUGAAGAUUCGAAGCUUUCCGGAGUGAUGGUAAAUGCGGAUGGUGACUUCGUGGUUGCCCAGCCAGACAAGGCGUCAUGGGAAUUGUACCAGGAAAAAGCUAAAGCUUCUGCUGCAGCCGCAGCUGAAUUUGCAGCAGCUGAAGGGAACAAAGAGAUACAGGCGCGAGGUUUACAGUGUCCAAUUGAUAAACGAUUGUUACUAGAGCCAACGAGAACGCCAUGCUGCAAAAAAACUUAUUGCAAUGAUUGUAUCACAAAUGCAUUGAUCGAAAGUGAUUUUGUUUGCCCUAAUUGUUCUACGGAAGGCGUAUUGAUAGACAAUCUAACAGUGGACGAAGAGGCCAUGGAUAAGCUGAAGGAUUAUCAAAAAGAGAAAGCUGAGAAACAGGAGAAAGAGAGAGAACAAUCUGUUAGCGACAAGUCCACCAUAUCCCCACCAAGAGCUACUUCGAAACUCGCCAACCAAAAACACGAGUCCACUUCUUCCCCAAAACUACCAACCCAAUCGAGUCCAACAUAUCCGAAAAAAAGGUCUGCAGGAGAAGAGGAUGAGAGCAAUAAUAAGCAGGAACUUGCUGCUCCCCCACCGGCAAUGAAAAAGCAGAAAUCAAACGACAGCCAACCCCAAACUACCAUCCAUCACAACCAGAAACCAGAGCCCCAUAACAAAUUUUCUCCGUCACAGUUCCAUCAGCAACUACCCCUUGGAAAUUUUAAUUCUCCAUCUGCCCAUCCAUUCCCAAGGCCCGCUUUGGCGCCAAAUAACGUAAGGCCAAUGUCGGGAUUUAUUGCGCGGUGUAAAUACCCCUUCUCCUCUCCAUCACGGAUACGCACAAGCCAAAAAUGGAUGGAAUCAAAUGGCAAAUAA